AUGUCGUCCGCACCGCGAUUCGUGUACCCCUUUGCCACCUCGCCCGAUGUCAUCCGCUCGCACCAGAAAGACGCCUACUUCAGCGGCGUUCUCCUCGAACAACUUACAUCUCUGCUUCGUAAAGUCAAAGGCGCGCGAUAUGCACAUACAUACACAUCGGAAACACGUGUUUUCGGCGAGCUCCUAUACCUCGGCCUCACCACAUUGAUCGGAAAUCGGACGUUGGGCGAGGAAUAUUGCGAUAUCAUACAGGUGGAGGGGGAGAGCGGAAGGCUGCCGGCUUUGGCGAGAAGAGCAGCCUACAUAGUAAGCUGUGUUCUGGGGCCCUAUGUAUUGGGUCGGAUAUUACCAGCCUUUCGGAAGAGGAUACGUGCGAAAUUGGAAGCAAAUCUCAAACGAUACGGCCGACAACACGCCAAGGCACAGCAUCAUACGAAAGAAAAUGGAAGCACGAAGCCGGUAUCCACGCCCAUUGGCGCCCGCAUCCAGAACUACAUCCUCCAAAACCUAGACACUAUCACAUCCCUAUCGCCUGUCUAUGCGCUAUCAUUAGCGACCUUCUACUUCGCAGGGAGCUACUACCACCUCUCGAAGCGAAUAUGGAACCUCCGUUACAUAUUCACGCGCCACGUCCAAGAAAGCGAUCAGCGCAUGGGCUACGAAGUCCUCGGUGUACUCCUGAUCCUCCAAAUGGCCGUCCAAGCCUACCUCCACCUCCAGAACACCAUGUCCCGCGACAUAACACAACCAGGCCUCGGCGCCGGUAUCGGUAUCGGCACGUCAGCCAUGGUCGGAGGCGGCGCCGAGGUGUCACUCGAUCCCAACGCAUAUAGCGCCAACAAUGCGCUACUUUUCGAGGCCUCGACGGGCAUGGCGACGUCACCGCCGCAGCUGCAGAAGUGGACGAAUACCCCGGUUGCAGAUAAGCCGAGGUAUGAGUUGAAUGAUGAUGAGACGAUGGCCUGGAUAGGGGAUAGCAAUAGGAAGUUCCCUGAAGAGGCACAACUAGAAGACGACUCCGUGACGCUUUGGUCUACUUAG